GAUCAUGACAAGGCAGCCGCUUCUGCCCAGGAAACAGGAACUUGGGGAAGGUGGCUCCUUGAUGGUCUGUGAUGCCGUCAGAGGAAAUGGGUGGUUGUGAGAACCACAGAGUCUGCAGAUGUGAGCCAGGAGCCCCGAGGACGCUGUCGCAGGCUCAGAGCGCUCUGGGCCUUCUCUGGCCCACCUGCGCUUGGGAGGCUCACCCAGUCCAGGCUCCUGUCCGUCCCAGGUAACCACAGGCAGAAACCAAGCCACCCAAAGCCAUAUCGAGGGCCUCUCCCUGAAGAUUCUCCAGGCCAAGAGGGUUCUGGAUGUCCUAGGACUAAGGAUGUUGACAGGCUUCCCGAAGGGCCCCCCAAAGCCCUGACCUCUCCAGCCAAAGCAUGUGUCUUGGCCGAGCCCCCAUUCCAAGCCUCUGGUGACAGGAAAACACAUCUCUUUCAGAUUUCUCUCCACGAUGUGCUUCUGAGAGUUCUUCUGAGAGGCAAUGGGAAGUCAGCCCAGCAGAGGGAAAAGCCUGCCAAGCCCAAGCUCAAGUCCCUCUGUCCAAGACCAGGGCCCUGUACCCAUGCAACCAGAAAGGAGGAAGGCCACAGCCGUGGCCCUGGGCAGUUUCCCGGUGGGAGAGCAGGCAGAGCUGUCACUGAGACUGGGGGAGCCACUGACCAUCAUCUCUGAAGACGGAGACUGGUGCACGGUGCUGUCAGAGGGCUCCGGCAGAGCGUACAGCGUUCCUAGCAUCCAUGUGGCCAAAAUCUCCCAUGGGUGGCUGUAUGAGGGCCUGAGCCGGGAGAAAGCUGAGGAAUUGCUGUUGCUGCCUGGAAACCCUGGAGGGGCCUUCCUCAUUCGGGAGAGCCAGACCAGGAGAGGCUGUUACUCCUUGUCAGUCCGCCUCAGCCGCCCUGCAUCCUGGGACCGGAUCAGACACUACAGGAUCCAACGCCUUGACAAUGGCUGGCUGUACAUCUCGCCGCGCUUCACUUUCCCCUCACUCCAGGCCCUAGUGGACCAUUACUCUGAGCUGGCGGAUGACAUCUGCUGCCUCCUCAAGAAGCCCUGUGCCUUGCGGAGGGCUGGCCCGGUCCCUGGCAAGGACAUACCUUUACCUGUGACUGUGCAGAGGGCACCCCUCAAUUGGAAAGCGCUGGACAGCUCCCUCCUGUUCUCUGAAGCACCUGCCACAGGGGAGGCAUCUCUCAUCAGCGAGGGACUCCGGGAGGCCCUCAGCUCCUACAUCAGCCUGACUGAUGACAUCUCCUUGGACGAUGCCAAAGCCCAGAGGCGAAAAGGGGAGCCAAGGUUGUAG